AUGCGCAACGGUAUGCUGCCUCCUCCCGCUGCCGGGGAAAUCACACUGACCUUCCAGUGUCGAACUCGCCAUGUAAAAUGCGACGAAGGGCGGCCGACAUGCUUGAUGUGCGCAUACUUCGGCCUGGAAUGCGCUGGGUAUAAGAAGGAUAUCUUCUUCGAAUCGAAGAACCCCGCCAGCAGGAUCCGAUUUCGCCGGCCAUUGUUGACGGAGGAAGAACGGAAGCGCAUGAGCCAGUGGCUGAUCACAUCGGCGCCGCCCAAGUCAACACAUCGACUAUUACUGCAAAUAGACGAGCAGAGCGAAUCUGCGUCUCCAUUAGAGAAUGUUGAGGUUUCACAUGGGCCGUUCGGCGUGUUCAGGGUGCAGCCUUCUCGAAAUGCGCAGAUUGCCACUCCGCCGCCUCUUGACCAGCAUCCUAUAGCCGACGAGUCCGAGGAUACAACAAACAGCGGCCCUCCACAGGAUGUCACUCACAUGAUAGAUUCGUUCUCGGUGGCCCCAGGAAUGUCCCAAUGGUCUCCAGGAUUUAUGGAAUCCCUUCUUGAACAGCCAGACCACGAUCUCAGCUCUACUUCACCCGACCUUUUAGACCUGAUAAUGGAUCAAGCUCCAUUGGAGGAUACUUCAAUCACACCGCAACCCUACCAACUAACCUCAACAAUACCAGAGACCCUUUGCAACCCUUCCAUCACUACUACUUCCAUCACCCCUGCUCCGGGAGGAAGUAGAGCUCUACCACAAGACGCAGUAUUUCUGCUAAAACACUACUCCUCCACUGUGAUAAGUCUAAUGACUCCCGUGAGACACAAGAAGACUCCAUGGCACGUCUUAUUCAUUCCCCAUGCCAAGGACUGUCUCGCCGCCCUCGCAAUGGGUGAAGAAUUGAACCAUGCCAGCCUAUGCGCAUUUUAUGGCACACUAGCAAUCAGUGCAUUCAGCCUGGGUGGCGUCUCCCGAUCCCAAUUUUGGCUAGAUCAGGGCCGACUCUAUCUCCGCCAAGCUCAAGACCAUACCAGACUGAUGCUCAUGACCGCCUACAAUAUCCCCAAAUUAGCCAAAUACAAGUCGACAUUGAUGGCCAUACUGACCAUGGUCCAAUUAUCCAACUUCUGCGGCAAUCGCAAUGAGGCAGAAGGGUACUUCCUGGAAGCAGAGAAAUUCAUCCGCAUGAAAGGAUUGAAGCGCAGGAAAUCACGCAAGGUUCGACUGCUGCAUCAUUGCUAUGUUUUCGAACGCAUGUUUCACGAGAGUAUCUUCAUUUGCGGCGAAAACUCGAAUCAGCGCCGUAAUGUGCGUCGCGCUAUUGAAUCUAGUGGUCUUGCCCCGGCUAGUGUUGAUGGGCUAUCUUUCCGUCUAUACAAGUGGAAGAAUCUCCACCAAGAGAUGCUGCGUGUUCGGGAUCGGGAAGAAGGAGAGAAUGAUCUUCAUCUGGAGCGACCGGGUCUCUUCUCGGCAACCCUUUAUCCGGAGAUCUUUGGGAUUCCCGAGACAUGGAUGAUUCUCUUGUCAUUGAUUAUCCGACUCGGCACCGAGAAGGAUGCCUCAGAGCAACAACGCACCCCGAACGGUCUCAACCUGAAAGAUUUUAUCAGCCGCGCAAAGAGUUUGGAAGAGUACAUCAAUCGGCUGGAACGACCAAGCCAGGCUUCAUUUGGACUUGGAACCCAUCAAUCCUCGGUUGACCAACAUAUCUUGGAGAAUAUGCUCGAGGCCAUGCGCCAGGCUCUGGCUAUCUACUUCUACCGGCGGAUCUACGACAUCGACGCGUCGAUGCUACAAGAGAAGGUGACGGGAGUUCGAGACUGUCUGCUUCAGUGUGAAUAUGCCGACUCGAGUGUUGUUCAUGGUUCAGCCGGUUUUAUCUGGCCUGCUUUUAUUGCGGCUUGCGAGGCCGAGGAUCCGAAGGUGCAGGAGUCGUUUUCGACUUGGUUUGAGAUGUCGUCUCAGCGGAGUGGACUGUCUUGUUUUGGACAAACACUGGCUUCUAUUGAGAAGAUUUGGCAGGAGAAGAGGGAUGGAAAUGGGAGUAGUGUUACUUGGGUGGAUUUGAUGAAGCGGACGGCUUCUUUACAGCAUGGAGUAUGA